UACUUCACAAUCAGUCCCGCGGGUCUAGUGCAUUUUGUGCAUUUUCAUCCGCAAGAAAUCCAAGAGCUAAUCACGCUGAAGAAAGUCCUGGCAUCGACCUUGACCUCUCGAGUGCAGUUUCAAGACGGCCAAUCAUGGACAUACGACUCAAUGGAAGAAGAUCACGCAGGUCACUUGGCUCACUCAUACGAGGCGAUCAGGACGAGCGAAGGCUUGAAGCUGAUCAGGUCACACAGUAGUCUGACUGACGUACACAGAAUGCACUAUAAGACGACCCAUUUGAACGAUCUUCUGACUCCGCAGCUGGUUGAAGCCCACGAUAACAUUACUCUGCAGCACACCCCGAACACGGUUAACUUACACACGGUCGAAGGUGCUGCCAACAUCGAAGAAAAACAAGACGGAGAGUUCCCGAAGGUUUCCUCUAUAUCGAGAACCCAAAUGAAACUCACGUUAAAAACCAAGCACAGCGAUCCCGCCACAGACCACGCACUGCACGAGAUGCAUCAGGAUUCUAUCAGCGUCAAACCGAAACCGGAGGAAAAAGUUCCAAUGUCACAAGUUGAUGCAGAUAUUCGGGAGUAUAUCACGUGCGUCCAUUCCUACACCAACAAAUACGACCGUAACCGAACUGAAUGCGUGCAUCAGCUCCGGGGAUUGAUUACCUCCCUUGAAAGAGAUGACUUCCUGACACUUGGUCGUGAAGCGUUAACACGUACAUGUGAAGUCAAUGACACGGUGUGCGUAGACGAGAGGAAUCUGUUAAUCGACCUUAUUGCACGUGAAGGAAGUGCCGAUGCCCAACUGCUGGUUCUGGAGCACGUGAUGUCACGGCCGAAUGUGACCGAGGAGGACAUGAGGAGAUGUCUCUUUCAUGCCAUUGCCCUACAGAACCCCGUGACGGAACUGGUGAGUCAAGUGGAACAAUUGUGCUUUGAAGACGGCCAUGGACCCGGUGAAACCCCUGCUUUGACGAAGACCAGGAAGAGGGCGUGUCUGUCCCUGGGGGCCAUGGCCAAGUCUCUACAUGAGCGCAACACCACGGAGUCGGACCGGAUUGUGGAGAGGAUAGAGAACUGGCUUGACCAUCACAACGAAACCAAGUCCAGCGACAUAAUCAAACCCCGCCGUCGUCGGUCCAUCGUGCAGCAUGAUACGCCGGCCCGGAAGCAUAUCGAAACCAAGAUGGUUCUCUUACAAAGUCUUGGUAACGCAGGGAAACAGCGGUCAUUACGUCACAUCCUGUCGUACAUGAAGCCGAAUGUUGGCGUCACAGCAUGGCGUCGAGCGGCUAUUAACGGGCUUAGACAUUUCUCCUGCAAUAAGAGCGCGGAUGCAUUGUUAACGAGUAUUCUUAACGAUAAUGACGAGGUAGUGAGGAAAACUGCCCACCAUGUCUUCAAAAGGCAUCCGAUGGCAGACGACAGAAACUUUACUUUUGAGCACGAGACAGAAGUGAUCAGCAAGAAUUACACCUACCCGAUCGUAAGUCGUGUCCGAAGAAGUCUACUUCAGGCGCUUGAAGAAGGAAUCCAGGUGACGAUCAAGCCCCCUGGUAUUGACUGGCAGAAGACGGUGGGAACCAGCAGCAUCGGGGCGAGCUUCGGCCUUGUCAUACGGAAUAUACUUGAUCUAAAAUUAGCUCUACUGAGCGGGCAUUUCAUGGUGGACAUGUACGACGGAGCCUUCGCAGAGGCGCAUGUAGGUUUAAUAGGCUACAAGGUCGACAUCGUCAAGGCGUAUGUGUGUUUCAAGGGCCACAUCAGCUAUGACCUGAAUGUACUUAAAGAUUUUGGUAUUAACAGUCUGUCCGAUCUGGUGAAAAUCUUUGACAAAAUUAUGGAUAAAAUUGUCAAACCUAUCGUGAAUGGUGUAAAAGCAUUCAAGCAAUUACUGACAAUGUUCAAGGAUGGUAAGACGCUGACACAGGUUGUCAACGAAAUCGUGGACAUUGUUAAAAAUCUCCCUACUCGUCUCGGUGAGGUGGCCAGCCGUAUGCGAGACUUCGUGAAGGAACUCUAUAGCAUAAGCGCCAACACCGUUAUCGAAGAGAUCAAGGGUAUUGUGAAAGAAGUUAGCGACUUCAUUGACGAGGUCAAAAAAGAUGCUCUUAAAUUUUACAACGACGUUGCUGAUGCUGUUACGAUGGCGUUACCUUACACAGCUAAGAAGAUCAUGGAUGCCUUCAACACAAUAGUGGAGAGUAUCGGUAAACUCUUCAAGAAUCCUAUGCAGGCAAUCACAGGGAUGUCCAGGGCGAUAACAGACAUAAAAGUGGCAAUUACCAUGGCAAUCGAUGUGAAAAACAAAGUGGUGGAGGCGUGUCUGUUUUUGAAAGGGCGAGUUGUAGAAUGGAUCGACACAGCGAAGAAGAUACCAAUAUUCAUCGCUCGCCUUAAAGACGUGUUCACGAAGCUAAUUGACUCGAUUAAAGAUGGUGUACAUGCAAUACAGGCCAAAGCCACCACGGAAAUCAGUGACGGCUUUUCAACCAUGAAAAACACGGUGCACGAUCUUCUGAAUAACCUUCAAGGAAAAUGGGACCACGUGUUAGCGCCUCUACAACCUCUGAUUGACUUUGUGAAACCAUUUGUCGAACUCUUCAAAUCCAUCAUGGAUGGCAUCAAAGGCAUCAAAUGGGGUUACCAGAAAGUAAAAGAGGCUAUCGAGAUCGGAAGAUCAUUGGUGCAAACGGUGUUUGGACCGAAAUUCAACCGCAACUUUCCCACCAAGCGCCGCGAUGCGUUUGGAGAAUGUCCCUCGGGCUUGUGGCCCUCCACAGCAAACGGGGCCUACGGAACUACGGGGGUAGAUAUCAUUCUAGGAGUUGGACAAACGGUUGUUAUGCCAGUGAACGGUCGACUGCAGAUUAACAGCGAUGAUAAGAAGGUGGUCAUCAAACCAAACGAUCCGGAGUUUGUUCCGCUUGAAAUAGUCAUAGAAAACAUCGACGCAGAUGAAGAGUUGGACGAGAAAACCGUAAAAGCUGGCGAAAAGAUCGGUCAAGCAACUACGGCAAGAGUCUGUAAAGAAAGAAAGCUGACUAUUAAUGUGAAUGAAACCGUUGGUAGCCCGCAGGACCCCAAAACAGGAAAACUUCUUGAAAUUACUAUUGGAGAAGCUACGAAUCCCGAACAAAGUGGCUGGAUGUCUACCAGCGACUCUAGAGAUAAGAAUUCCAUCCACGUCUCAGUAAGAAAGGCUCAGGAAGCCAUUCUGCUUGAUGCGGAUUAUGACUACACUGAUCCUUCCCCUUUCCUUGAUCGCUUGGUGCCGAUUCCAAAAUGGAUCCAAGAAUGUAACGAUCACGAGUUUAGGUACAUAGGGCAGACUUUCGAAUCUGGUGAAUUGAAUGACGGUAAAGAUCCCGAUAAGAAAGAGACGCCAAUAGAACGUCGUCAACCCGACGCGGAUGACAUGGUUAGUGAUGAGGAUUUAAAAUACAGGCCUGCCGACCAAUCAUUGUAUGACCCUACAUUGUUUGGAGACAGUCUUAAAAACAGUCUAAAGGAUCAAACCAAACUGUUCACGGAGAUGUUCAAACAAGCUCUCUUUGGAAGCAAUCCAAACGUCCCGAAUAUCCUGGAAAUCGUCGAUGUCAAUGGAAACACGGUGGAAUGGAUAUUAAACAAACUCAACACAACGUCACCGGUUGGAAUCAAAUUUAUAGGCAUUAUUAAACAACUAGCAUGCGCAAUGAAAGCUGACCCUUUGGAAUCGUCGGCGACCAUAACACCAAAUAUGGCUAUUAACUUUCUCAAACGGAACAAUCUGACGUUCAACUUUGGUAACUUUGACUUUACCGGAGGAUUUAAUUUUGGAAUAAGCGAGAAUGAUAACAAUGAUGGACUUGGUUCCUUGAAAUUCGGUGAUCCAGGCCAGCUAUCCCUCUCCAUGGCAGAGCUUCCCGGAAAACUGUGUCCCAUGUUUAAAGGGGCAAUAGCAAAAGGGUUCGGUCACAUUUGUUACGCGCACGAGGACUGCCUGGGCCUGUCGUGCAACAUUCCAGUCCCUCUUGGACCUAAGUCAGAGAUGCUGCACGCCUCCAUAGCACUUGUGCCAUCGGAGCUGAAAAUAGAAAUAAGCGUCAUGGGCCAUAACUUCACUAUCCAACCAAACGGCGAAGAACAGCAUGUAGAAUUCGGGAGCAUUUUUGGAUACAAAGUAUCUUUCAUUGGAAGAGCUGAUCUAAACGGAAGAAACGUUACCUUGACAGCGGAAUUUCAACUGUGCAACGAUCUAUUUUUAGCAUGUUCUCCUCCAGUAGAAUUUCUUCAAAACAUUAAAUUCAUACCAGAAGCAAUACGACUAAAACGAGAAACCAGCUCGUGUACCGACAUCGAUAUCCGACAGACCCCCAUUCCAAUGUUCAUGAUGCAACUGAGCGAAUUCAACUUGCUGAAUAGAAAUGUGACACUCACACUUGAGAAUGUGCGAAAUCAAGUCGUUGAUCAGCUGAUGCAAGAAGUGAGAGACAAGAUCGAAACAGCUCCGACGGAGUUUCCGAAUAAAAUAGACUUCUGCGUUAGUGCCAAUAUUCCCGUUCCCCCGGUUGAUAUUGUAUUCUUCCGGAAAACGAUACCUAUCAUGGUUGGACCAGUUCCCAUGACCUUAAGCUUUGGAGCUGGUGGUUCCGUAGGUCUUGGGGCGAGAGUGGGGCUAUGCAUAGUGAGCAUGACAACGCAGCUGACUCUCACGCCGUGGGUUGGCGGAAAAGUAUGGGGCGAGGCAGCCGUAAAUCUUGGAUUCAUAAAAGGAGGAAUAAGGUUGAUUGGUUAUCUUCUGGAAACAAGAUUCCCGAUGACAACUGAGCUCACGUUUUCCAAAUACCCGCUCGAGGUCGGGGCGAAAAUGAACUUAAUCCUUACACCUUUACGGCUUGAACUAAGGGGGUUUGUCAAGAUACGCCUCAUAUUUAAAACAAAAACGAUCUUCGAUCGAGCAAUAUGGAGAUACGAAACACCCUCGAUUCAAAAGAACAUUUUUACGAAGAAAACCCGAGAUGACGACCCAUCGCCUCCGGAAGUAUUACCUUCCACAAUCAACGAGAGACGUCGCCGAGCAGGUCCCGAAGGCUGCAUUGUUAACCAAGUGUCUAACCGUCCCUACUAUGACACCGCCUUUACACUGGAAAUGUUCGCUCAAGACGAAGUAUCGGAGGUGAAACUCACGUACGCGAUUGGAACACAUAAAGGUGGGACCAACGUUCAAUCCUGGACAGAAAUGGGCGGGAAUACCCUCUUGGUUCCCGCAAAAUUACCCGGUGGUAUACCUCUGCAUUGGACUGUAAGCGCUACUAAUACCCAAGGACUGUCAUCCACUGUGCAAUGCUCUUUGAAUACAUACGACAGCACAUUGCCAGACGGCAGGGUGGAGCAUGCUUAUAAGUUUUCAUCACACCCUUCCAAGAUUGUUGCGUUCAUCAUUGUUGUUGAAGACAGUCCACUGAAGGAAAUGCAUUACAAGGCGGUUGGGUUCAGUCCGGGACAAUACGGUAACCAGUUUGUAGGAUGGGAAGAAGCACGCCUUGAUAACUCUCCAUUAAGGCAAGGUGUGACCGGCGCAUUGCAGCAUUUCACGACCCCGAUGGAUGGCAAGCUUAUAGCAAAUGUCCUUAAAACGGCUAAACCUUUGAGGACCAUAGAAUCCUGUGCAGAAUUGUGCAUGAAUCACGGAUCAAACUGCGUGUCAUUUAGCUAUGAGGAACACUCGGAAACAUGUGAUUUGCACGAUCAGGUAGCGGGGGCUAAUGCAUACUUACGUAUAAGCGGAACGUACAAAAACUAUGAACGAUUGGGAAUUGGUUAUCACACCUCUGUGGAAUAUGAGAAUUUGCCGCUAACACAAGGCACACAGUAUUUCGUCAACGCCAAAGUAACUAACUUGCUGGGUUACGUAGAGUAUUUGAUAGGCGAAGGAACGAUGGUAGACUUCACACCGCCGGAGCCAGGUCUGAUCAAGAACAACCAGUCUGACUUCAUGCGUGCUGACGAAUGCAAUGCUUCCGUUUCACAAAGGUGCCUUGAAGUAACAUGGCGCGAAAACCACAGGAUAAUCAUCGAUGGACCGGGCUCUGGAACCGUCUUCAAUGGUCACCAACCAGUUCAAGACGAGAUGUACACGUUAACGAACCACUACGUGUCCGCUAACUGGAAAGGUUUUCACGACGACGAGAGCGGUAUAUAUGCAUACACUUGGGCUGUCGGAAAAAGCGUAUGCAGCUCAGAUGUUGUCCCUUUCACCAAUCCGUACGCCCAUUUGACGAAUCCGAAAUUCUGGACCGACUCCGGGUUCCAGAAAGGCAUCCACCUGCCUGAUGGUCCGUAUUAUGUCACAGUACAGGCUCUAAAUGGAGCGGAACUAGGCGGCUCGUUGGUGACUACAGUUUGUCAUUCCACCCCGUUCAUCGUUGACACCACACCGCCGGUGUUUCACAAAGUAACGGACAUAAUUUAUGAUGAAGACUUUGACCUCAUAGCGAUAUAUUACAAUGCCACCGACGACUUGAGUAAAAUUGCCCACGCAGAAUUCGGCCUGGGCAAGACUAAGUAUGAUGUACAACUGAAGGCGUAUGGAUUGCAUGCGCCUAUGGAACGCGAGGAUCCGUUUGUAGCUGUGAAAGAUCUGGGUCUUCAAGAAGGAAUUCCGGCAUGGAUUCGAAUCCGCGUCACAAACAAUGUGGAUCUGUUUACUGCGGGUCACGGGGAGGAGCCGAUACUGAUCGACAGAUCCCCGCCGAUACCAGGGACCGUUAUGGACGGAGACAGGCUUCGAAGAGACAGACAGUUCCAGGCGGAUGACCAUAAGAUAUGCGCGCAGUGGAUAGAUUUCUUUGACCCUGAAUCUGGCAUCGACAUGUUUUUGUGGGGUGUCGGGACUAAGCCUCAGUUAGACGAUAUUGUGAAAUUCCACAACCUGACCCGCUAUGAAAAAUCCAGCUGCGUCCCAGCUAAUUUGAAGCACAACAUCACUUACUUCUCGACUGUCCUUGCCUUCAACAGCGCUUUGAAUUCCAAGCCCUGUAACAGCUCCUCGGAUGGAGUUCUUGUCGAUACCACUCCUCCCAUAGCUGGAAUUGUGCUUGACGGAAUACGGAAUACAACUGAAUUGAAAUAUAGCUCAGAAACCGUGUCAAAGCACGCAAACUGGCGGGAUUAUAACGACACUGAGUGUGGGAUAACCAACUAUAAAGUUCAUGUUUACAUUAACAACGAAUUGAAAAAGACUAUUGAAACAGGGACGUUUAGUGAGUUAGAAGAUCACACAAUUUCCAUGCAGCAUAAGGACGAGGUGUACUUCCAUGUACACGGGGUAAAUGGGGCUGAAUUAGAAGCAUCAGCCAGGUCUGAUGGCUUUAUGGUGGAUCAUACUCCUCCAAUCAUGACUGAAAUAUCUGACAAUCAGCAUGGAAACAGAUACCAAGCGGACAAAUCAAACUUGAAUCUGAAGUGGGAUUUCUCGGACAGUGAAUCCGGCAUAGGCAUGUAUAGAACGGUGGUUUACGAAAACCGCCACGGUAUCAAGAAGAAAUACUGGCCUGCGACUGAACGAUAUAAUGAAACAAAACCUAUGAACUCGUUCAAUGGUAAAAUGGACUGCACACUCGGUAACUUAAAUAUGGAGGAUGGUGUGACGUAUUCUCUGCACGUGACAUCAUUCAAUGGGGCUAUGUUAGCCACGGCGCAUGAAAGCGCGGGAGUUAUGAUCGAUACAACCCCACCUAGUACUCCUAAGGUCAAGGUUGGACUGACGGCAGAUGACGAGCAACUUAACGAUCAAGGUCAAGUGCUACACACUGAUCAGUAUGGUAUUCGACUCAGUUGGUCUUCAAGAGACUCUGAGAGUGGAAUUUCAAAAUACGAGGUAGCCAUCGGCACAAAAAACAACACGGAGAAGAUACUUCCUUUCACCGAUUAUGGCUCAGAUACAACCGCGUAUAUUUCUAAUAUUGUCCUGGAAACGUUCAGUGCCGCUAACAAGUUGUAUGUCGUCACCGUCAAGGCAUCUAACGGUGCCGGACUAGUUUCUGUUAAGGGUGUUUCUAAAUAUAUAUUCGUACAACAGGCGAAUAUUCCAGGUGUUGUCUUUGACGGCAGACGCCUUUUUGAAGAUGAAUCUUUUACAACUGAUCACACGUCAAUCGCAGCCUCGUUCUACGGGUUUGAGAGUGAAAGUUGUGACAUAAUAAACUAUGACUGGGCUAUCGGAACUACUGAGUUCGGAACCGACAUUCUAACAUACACUAACUAUGGUCUCGUCAUGUUAAAUGAUACACACGGACAAUGUCAAAUCCAUACAGAGUUGUUUGAAGACGUCACUUACUACAUUACAGUUCGCGCAGUGACAGGAUGUCACGAGGAAUAUAUAGUUUCUUCCUCAGAUGGUGUCACACUUGACAGAGUUUCUCCAAAAGCUAUAUUCAGUGUUGAAGCCACGAAUGAUACGAUUGUUUACAUUCAGGAUAACGUGAUUUAUCAGUCAGUAACAGAUUCAAUAUCUAUUGUCUGCAAUGUUUCAGAUAGUCAGGAAAUUCAAUCUUUAGAAUGGGGUCUUGGGUCGCUUCCCAGUUUAUCUGACAUUGAACCAUUUACCCAAGAUUUGAAAUCGUUGACUAGCGUCGCAUUAUUAGUUCCCGGUGAAGCGGUGUUUGUGACAUUAAACGCGGUUGAUAAGGCCGGUAACCAAGAACUUGCGUCAUCAUAUGCUGUGAUCGCAGAUACAACUGCACCUGAAAUGAUUGAUAUUGAAUGUACGCAAUUUAUAUCCGUGAGAAAAAGUAUCGUUACGUGCAGCUGGCAAACGAUUGUUGAAAACGAAAGCAUUUUGAAAGAAACCACAAUAUCCAUGGGAUCAGCGCAAAAUGAGUUUGACAUUUUAGACCGCUUUGUUGUUCACAAGGACACGUACAGUUUCACCCGGGAUCUAUAUAACAAUAUCGAUCAUUUAAGUAAUAUUACCGUUGUAUUUAUUACCGUAACCAUCUCGAAUGUUGUCGGUCAUAAAACAACGUAUGGUAGAGAAGUUAUUGUAGACAGAACAGCCCCUGAUGCCGAUCGACUUGAUGUCGUAACAAGUGCCACGCAAGGACGUGUGGCAGAUCAUCAUCAGAAAUGCCAACUACCCAGAGGAUAUGUGGAAGUAAAGUUGAUCAACGUUGCUGAUGAGGAGUCAUCAAUUGACGACAAGAGAUUUGAGAUCGCCAUCGGAAGCAAAUCUUUCGGAACUGAUUAUAUGAGAUACCACCAAGUCAGGGCAAACAGCGAUGGAAUAUUUUUUGUAAACAAUUUUAAAUUAAAUACAGGUGAUUCUUUUUAUGCUACCAUCAGAAUUUACAACAAAGCCGGAUUAUACAGUGAGGUUUGUUCGGACAGGGUUGUUGUCAGUCAGACACCGUAUCUUGAGGUUAGAGAUGGAACCGGCGAAGAUAUAGACUUCCAGGUCAUGCUCAAUCUCAUUGAAGGCUCCUGGAAAUAUUCGGACGCAUGUCCAAUUUACGAAGCGAAAUGGAAAAUUGAAAGUCUUGCUGGAGAAACAUUGUUGGAUUUUAAACCCAUUCCGAAUGCGGGGCAAGUGUUUUAUAAUGACGAAGUUCAACUUGAAAACGGCAUGAAAUACAUUGUUACUGUUCAGACCAUUGACUUCCUCGGUCGUGUUAAAACAGCCAGAUCAGAUGGUGUUACAGUUCGUAUUCAGCCGCCUUUCCCGGGUUUCGUGAGAGAUGGUAUUGAUAAAGACCUCACGUAUCAGUUCAGUACAACUGAACUUUCGGCCAACUGGGAUAACUUCGGAGAUAAGUCUAGCGACCCUACUCAGUCCAUUCAUCACUAUGAAGUCGCCAUAGGAAACGACCGGCGGUACGAGAAAACGAGGUCAAACGUGCAUUACUUUGUAGAUGUUGGACUCAACAAUUCGUAUACAUUUUCACAUUUAAAUUUGACAUCGAAGCUGGUUCGGUAUUAUGUAACGGUCAGGGCAUACAGCAUGGCUGGUGGCUUUACAGAAGGCUAUUCGAAUGGUAUCCGAGUUGGAUUCAACCUUGACAUUAUUCCUGGGUCUAUUUCCGUAAAUAAGUAUCAGUCCUCGGUUGAUUCGAUGGCAAUAUCAUGGAGCGAAUUCCAAUCAGAUAUCGACAUAAUUGAUUACAAGGUUGCCAUUAGCAGUCACGAAGAUAUCAUUACCAACGACACUGUUGUUUGCAACAUAAUAACAGCCAACAAGACUGUGUACGAUGUUGCCCCAUUGCACAGCGUUGGUCUUGACGAGUAUAGCAAACUGUCAGGACUUACACUGUUACACAAUAGAAAAUAUUAUGUGACGGUUUUGGCUGAAGACGAGGCCGGGAUGUGCACGGGGAUCACGAGUGAUUGGAUCCAUGUCGACACAACGCCCCCAGAGUUCGGCAAACUUUACAUCAACGACAUAGAAAGUUCCACUGUUAUAUAUGUUAAAAAGCCAUCUGAAAUGCAAAUCAAGUGGGAAAAUGUGAAUGAUAAUGAAUCAGGAAUAAAAAGCGUUUUUAUUAAACUAUAUGAAUGCAGUACGUGUCUGUCGAUUGCAGUUACAAGUGAAAAUUGUUUCUUGAUUGAUGAAAAUGACGUGAUUGAUGAUACCAAAACGGCGUUUUAUGAAUUACAAAUGAACGCAGAAAAUGCAUAUUACAUCACAGUUGAGGUUACAAACGAAGCGAAUCUAGUGACCCGCGUGCAAAGUUUUUCAGUCUUAGUGGACAUAACACAACCUUUGAUUGGCGAAGUAAAAGUAACGGAUAACUGGAAUGAUGUUAAAACAUUUCAAAACUCGACAGACAAACUUUCAGGAAUGUUGCCAAUCGCUUUAACAGAAGUAGACUACUUAUGCCCAAGCCAAAAACUGUAUUUCCCUGUACGUAGUGAAAACAGAAUGCUACAAAUAAUGCGUGAAUUUAAAGACGAAUAUCUUGUAGUUAAUAGCACGGGUGCAUAUCUUGGAAUAGGCUAUAAUUCAGACUUAUCAGCAAUCACAAAAUCCGGCGUGAUAUCAGAAUCAAUGAAUCUACAAAGUGGUAAUUAUUCAUUUCAUGUUCGUGCAGCCAAAGGAUUCGGAACUAUAACUACCGUAGCGAUAGUAACAGACCAAAUCGUUAUCCCGUUUGUCAUCGAAAACAAACCAGAAGAGGUGGAAUUCGACUACAGUAAAUUUGAAAAUGUCACUGGUUUAGAAGCAGGAAACUCAACUCUCAACGCCACAAUGAACAAUACAACAACGACCACUGUUCCAAACAUAUCCUCGAAGCCAAACAAUGUCACAAACAGUUCAACAUCAGACCUGGAGUACCAAGAGUAUGGGAUAGGAAUUCAUUUCUUAGGGUAUAAAGUUGGAAAUAACAAAUUUUAUUACCACGUAUUUUGGGCCAAAAGCAAAUAUACCUCCUCUCUAAGGUGGUUUAAGACUUACACAGAUUUAAAUUCAAAACAAAGCUUCAUAAUAAAGAUCGUAAAGAAAUCCGAAUAUCUCGACAACACAGUUGAUGUCGCCCUAAUUGUUGCUGGGGAAGAAGUGGUUUCUAUUUCUGGUUUCAAGUUUGCCGGAGCCGUGAAGUUAGCUGCGUUGACAUGGACCGAGGACAACUACAAACCUCCGUUAGAUGACAUCUAUAAGCCAUUUUUCGCAGAGGCAGAAUUGAGCUCAAUAUAUGUCCCUGAUGUGCAAGACAAACCUUGUCGGCACGGACGCGGUUUCUAUGAUGGUGAAAGUGGUAUCAAGGAACUAUGGGUUGGAGCUUCUGACAACAAUCUCUCACCAGGCAAUAUUCGUGCGAUGCAACUUUAUAAAACUUUCUGCUUUCCUUGCAUUAAGCCUUGUGAUAUGCUUUGCAACGAAUCGUGCACUGUGGAAAAAUUGCUAGAUGGAUUCAACAUGGUUAGCAUAGAUGUUACAAAUCUUCAUCUUAAAGCAUCUGAAAACUCGCCAGAAUGUGCCAAUAUCACAACUGAUAACAAAUGUAACAGUACUGCUUAUUACCUUAAUGCAAAACUAGUUAAUUUUGCAGGCGAAGAAACACUUGUUUUCUCAAAUGGAAUCCAAAUCGAUACAUCACCACCUUAUUGCGAUAAUGUUACAUGCACCGAUCCGGAAAACAGCGAAGAUCAGCCAACAAAGUUUACUGGAUCAAGCUCUACUAUCGGUGCUUACUGGGACUGCGCAGAUCAAACGAGCCAAAUCGUGAAAUAUAAUGUUCAGAUCAUCAACACGGAAAGCGGUGCUAUUAUUAUGGAUUAUGUGGACGUCGGUUUGAAGACCAAGGCGAAAUUCAAUCUAAAAAAUGGUACUUUUGAACACAAGAAACUUUACGAAGUGAGAAUAUCUGCAUUGAACAGCGCUGGAUUGGCGUCUAUUUUUGCUUGUUCAGUGCAAGUGAUCCUUUUUCCACCAGACAUUUCAAAUAUUAUUUCUGGUCCUUUGUUUGCCAACCGAACAAAUAUAGCAGAUGACGAAGAACCAUAUUGGACCGAGUCACAGUCACAGAUCGGCAUGCAGUGGCAAGGAGGAACGCCUGAUAUUGAAUUCUAUGAAUGGCGGAUAGGGACUCGGGCUGAUGAGGGCGACCUUUUCCCGCCAUCCAAGGUUGGAAUCAACACGACGGGUUUCUCCGCAAUUGUUCAGGGAAAAGUGCGCUUCAGUGAUGAAAACGUCGAUAGAACUGUGUCUGAAUACAGAGAUGUCCUGAACAUGUCAUCAGAAGAACGCGAUAACUUCACAUCUGCAAGCGAGGCAGAGAAAGCGUUCUUUAUGGUUGAGCCAGGGCGUUGUGUGUACCAGUCACUGUCGGCGAUCGGCCUGUCAAAUUUAAAAAGUAACUUAAAAAAGGAGACAGUGUGUAUAAAACGUGCGCAAGAUGUAAAUCUUAAAAAAGAGGCAGGUAAAUCCGUGCUGCGGGCGGUGCGACCUGUCGGAUCCUCCACCUGGAUUGAAACAAAUGACACAGUCGCCGCAGAUAUUAAUGUUGAAAUUGAACUAACCACGGGUGGGAUCACGUUGGGAACACUGACGAAGCAGGACUUACAGGGAACAUACGGCAGCGCCUCCACGGCCGAUUAUAGGCCGUUCAUCUCCAACAUUGAAACAACGCGGCUGCAAACCUCCAGGUUAUUGCGCCACAGAAUACAUCACCUCUGUGACGUCAAUUUCUUCCUCUCCCCGUCACCACGCGCUGACGCCUCGCGUGUUAUCAUCCACGUGACAGUUCCACCUGAAUGUGAGAAUGACCGUGAGGAUCAAACCGCCCUAGUCUUCUGGGACACAAAGAAAGAAGCCUGGAUGCACAUUGACGAAGGAUGCAAUGAAGUUUUAUCGGCCAAUUUCUCCAAUGGGAUGUAUACAGCAAUGAUAUGUCCAAAGUUGAACAGCGCAGGACGGAAAAGAAGAGACGCAUCGAUUGAACUACAAUCACCGAUGCAUUACAGCCUUGUCAAAAUAGGAAACACAUUCAUCAAUUAUUCGCCAACAAUUGUUUCAGGGAAAUUUCAUAGUACGGAAAAUGAAAUUGCAAACUUCGCUGUUGAAACACAUGAUCCCGAAAACGACACUCUGGUUUUUAAAAUCGUCAAAGGGCCAGAAAACCUCCAGUGUAACAUGACAACUGACGGGCAUUUACGGUGUGAGGCGAUUGAAGACGAUUUCUACGGCGAAGAUGACGUCACAGUCGAGGUCACUGAGACAGAUUUGCCAGCGUUUCAACAACCGGUGGCGGUUACAAAACGAUUGACAAUUGUAAUUCAUGGAAGCCCCGAUAAGACUGAAAGAUUCUUUUUUGAUUCCAAUGACACAAUUCAUACUGACGUUCACCCCUAUUUACGUCACAUCAUUUUAGUGAAUGCCAACCGAUCUUCCAUCCACUACGCCGGACGGAUUGUCCUCGCGGAUGUCGACGGUGGCGAGGUGUUUGCUCCUCUGCCAAGAUUCAACGCUCUCGGGGACGCCGCUUUUUCUCUGAAGAAGUUAUCAACCACAUCGGAUAUCCCUCUGGCCAAUUACACUACUAAACGCUACAGAACCGUUGAGGCCUAUGACGUGGAGUUUGAUUACUCCCCAGAGCUGAAGGGUAAGAUGACCCUGGAUUUCAUAGCCAAGAACGCUGAUGACAGCUAUACGCCCGGAGUCACUAUCGAUGUAUAUGUGAUGGAGAACCCGUGCAUUCAUGGUCAGUGCCACCAUCCCACUCUAGGAUAUGACGCUUGUAAAGAUCCGGCAAGGUCAUUGUCAUUCAGUGGCUUUGAAUGUGUAUGUGAACCUGGCUAUAUUGGCGACUGGUGUCAGAUAGAAAUCGACGAGUGUCAGUGGAGCACGUGUUCCAAUAUGUACGACUGCGAGGACUUGGUCAAUGGCUACCAGUGCAACAUCAACCUCCUUAAACUGCUGGCUGUCAUCGUCUGUCCUCUCAUUGCCAUCAUUGUCCUCGUGUACAUUUUCAGGAGAUACAUUUUGAAGCUGAAAUACAUCAGGUUGUCUAGAAGCAGGGUCGGUUUAAUGGGGGACACCGGACAGCAAAUCGGCGACAACCGCCCGGCCACCUCGUCUGGCGUCUACAUGGAGGACAAAGAUGACGUCAGCUUGGAGUUUGAUGACGUCACGAACUUGCGACACAUUCCCUCAUAUGCAGACAGUUCGCCAUUUGAAACAAACCCGUUGAUCUUGCCUGCUGGCAAAGCUCCACCGCCACACCACUCUAAUUUCUCCGCAUUUAAAGGCGAAUGUGAGAAGCCAAAGCCGUUCUCGCUGAUAGAGCUGGAUGAUUUAAAUGGUGAACGGAUGAGGCCGAUACAGUUACGUCACGUUGACGUCUCCAAGCGCAGGUUUGAUGUCACGAUGCUAGCGGAACCCUCUGAGACGAGUGUGGUGACGUUACGACCCUCUAGCGUCAGCUCCGUGGGGCGGAUCCCUAAGCCAGGCCCCAAAGUGAACAUCCCCCUGGGACCUGACGAGUUUGACUGCAUGAUCGAAAAAAUGAAGAAAGACGCUGGCCUGACGGAUGUGCAGACGUAACUUGAGCAGCCGUGUAGGCGGCUACUGAUUUCUGGCAUGAAUAAAAGAUUUGUACAAUUAAAUACUUUUUAAACAAAAUUCGCAUACGCAUGGGUGGUUAUUGAUUAGUGGCAAAAAUGAACAACGUUGAAAAAUAAAAAAUAUUAAACAUUUUACACGAUAUUUGAAUAUCGUUGUUCGGUUAUUGAUUAUUGACAUUAAUAUAAAAUUGUACAAUACAAAUAGAAGGACAAGUGAUUGAAUAUAUAUCAAACAUAUAACAACUCAAACCGUCCUGUCGUUUAACUAUUGAUUUGAUUGAAGAUAUAAACCCAAUAUCGUUCACUGUUGUUUAAAUAUUUUAAACAAUAUAUGUAUGCUGUUUGUUUGUUUUGUUACUAUUAGCACUUAAAUAUAAACAAAUUGUUUUGUUUUCUUGAGCAAACGCUUUAAAAUUAUUUUUCAUGUUUGUGUGUCGCAACAAAACUAUGGUAAUCAAUAAGAAAAUUCUACUUGUUCAAAUUAUUUGACACAGAAUUUAUCCGGAUAAUCCCACGGAGUAAUACUAUGAUUAAAAUCUUGACACAUUCGAAAUGUAUAUGCCAACGUAUUCUUAUUUUAUCCUUUUGGAUGACAUAAUGCGUUUUAUUUGUGUUUUCGGAAACAGCAUUUCUGACAAAGGGAGCUUUUUUAGUAGUAAACAUCAUUUUUGGUAACCAAGUUCUAACAAAACGUCAUUUUUGAAGUAUAUUGUUUAUCCAUUCUUCAUCUUAGCGGCAUAAUUAGUGUUUGAUUUCUUUGUGUGUGUCACGUGUGUUUCUUUUAUGGCUGUAUUAUAACAUAUCAUUCUUCUGGACCUUACCCAAUAUGUAUACAAACAGUAUUCUUCUCUUAAAUUUUGUAGUUCUUUAUACAUGUACCAGACUUUGGCGUACACAUUGUUUAUACAUUAUUUUAAUAUUUGAUUUUCUUUGCUGCAAAAUAUAUACCAGAUAAUCGAAUAAAGUAAAUCAUUGAGUAUAUAAUAUCAAACAUCAAUAAUGUCAAGUGGCAGAGGAAGUUUAGUGCAUGUGUAAUGUGGUUUCCCUUAUAUGUUUAAAACUUUAACUUUAUAAUUUUCUGUUUAAGUACGCAAAAGCAAGUGUUGUUUUCAUUUAAUAAAAUUUGCAACAGUAGUACGGUAAAUAAUGAGCUUGUGUUGUUGAAGCAUAUUCCAUUUCUGAUGAAGUUGCUUUAUUCUUGCUUAAAAUAAACUUUAUAAACGUAA